CCGCUCGUCUACUAAUUGUCUUUUCACGAUCAUCCUCAUCAGCAUCUACAAGUCUAAUACUAAUACCUCCUAAUCAACUCUUACUAUCACUUACCACCACAUCUUCUCACACCCAAUCUCCAAACUCAACACUCCCAGCCAAAAUGCAGUUCUCCAAGCUCGCUCAACUCCUCUCCUUCGUCGCCGCCUCGUCGGCCAUCUCAGUCUCUUACGACACUGGCUACGAUGACCGAUCCCGAUCUCUGACUGCCGUCUCUUGCUCCGACGGCACCAACGGUCUCAUCACCCGCUACGGAUGGCAAACCCAGGGCAACAUCCCAAGCGCUUACAUUGGCGGCGCUGACACCAUUGCCGGCUGGAACUCUCCUAACUGCGGCGCUUGCUACCAGCUGACCUACAACGGCAAGAGCAUCAACGUCCUGGCUAUUGACCACUCCGCCGGUGGCUUCAACAUCGCUCUCGAUGCCAUGAAUGCUCUAACCAACGGCCAGGCCGUCGCUCUCGGCCGCGUCGAGGCUACCUCCACCCAGGUCGCUGCCAGCGCCUGCGGCAUCUAAACACCUUUGAUACCCAUCCACCAUCUCUUCUCUUCUCUCAUCUUACUACUCACCUAUUCAUUUAAAUCAUCAAACAAGCGAGACGGUUUCACGGACUCGGCUUUCGGGAGCGGCGGUGAUCGGCAUGGGAAGCGGCGGUUGCGGCGGCGGCGGAGAUAUAUUAUACCACCUACUGAUUUACCUACCUACUUAAUGUUCAUUCCUUAAUCUAUCUACCUACCAGCCUCUUCCAGCUUACAUGGCAUCAUCUCCAUCAUCAGCAUCAUCAGCAACACCAUCAUUGGGUCGGCGCAGGCUUCUCAACUGUUUAUUCGAAGGUCAAAAACAGGCAGCAUUCCUUAGGAGUUUAGACCACUUUCCCCCCCCUUCAUAGCAAUACCUAUCUAGGCACCUACAAUACAAAUUUCAGGUUCACACCAAUAAACAAUGACAUGAUCCCAUCUCGUAGACUUUAAAAAUAGGUGUGACGGAAAUAUUAUUAUGGCUGAGCUGUCUAACCACGAUCCUAAUGAUCGUCAUAUCUUUUCUCACUCUCACUCUCAC